UUGUUGCUGAUCAAUUCUGUACAUGCUAAUUCUAUUUGUACAUUUUGCCUAUCUCCUAAUUCCGUAUUGCAAUCCAAAAAUAAAGAAAUUAGCAAAAAUUAAUUGGUUCUUCUCCUGAUAAACUCUAACAAUAUCACGUGCCAUCCAUAUGUCAUGAAAAUGAUAUUUUGGAAUGGACACAACUGUUGAUUUACACGUGGACGCUCUAGAUUUAUUCUAUCAAGUAAAUGAUCCACUUUUAUGAUGCUGUCACGCGCCUUGUUUAUUUUCCAUUAAAAUGUCUCAAAAAUCAUUGUGGGAAACCGAAGUUCAUUUCAUCUUGUUCAAGCUUUGACUUCUCAUUUUCUCUUCCAACAUCUGCACAAGAUCUGUGGCUUUGGCCGUGGACUGUUUGAUUCUUGUUCCGAACAGCCCCCCUUAAGAUGGAGGAGAGAGAAAUGACACCCAACUUGAAUAAAAUCGUAAAAUGGGAAGGACCACCAAAAGAUUUCAUGAGCAAUUCGGCAAGCUAGGAAGAGGAGAGAACAAAGGAGAGAGAGAUCAAUACAGCAAGAAAUUAUUGCUUCAUGAAAUGACAAUCAAGUUCCACAUGCUUGGUUCAUUUGUGACACACUGUAUUCCCAGCAAUGUGAAUGGAGGCUUGACUAUCAGAAUGGACUGGCACUGACUAUGAUGGAGAUACAGAUAGAUCUUGAAGAAGUCGAGUUAACAGGAUAAAAAAUGCAUUGCUUAUGCUUCGAGGUAGUUGAAGUCUCACACACAGAGCUACCCAACACAUGCCUUAGAGUUGGCAGCAGUGGUGUUUGCUAAAAGAUUUGGAGACAGUGUUGCCCUGCUACCGACCAAGUUGUCCCUCCCCAGCUCGAUAGUCCUCUCGAGUAAGUUAGUUUAGACACCUAUCCCUAUUAGGCUUAAACUUAGAAGAAUAGAAAACUCAGAAUCUGGUUAUCCCUGUUAGGUACCGCUUUAUUUGCAUCAUAUGCAUUUGACUUAGCGGGACUGGGCACAGGGGCCGGGUCUAUCUAGGACAGCUAACCUACUUUAUAAAGACCAACAUGCGCAUCUUGCGUGCUCUUUGACAUUUGUUUGGAAGACUGUUUGUUUGUUGACCGGCUUUAGGUAACUUUAAAAUGCAAAAGAUUAAAUUAUCCUCACAUUUAGUGAAUCAUUUAAAAAAAAAAGAUUAUUUUUAAAAGAAAGGAAAAAUUUUAGUAACAUAGUUUUACGAUCUUCAUGAACUACGAGCGUUUGAUUCUCAUCUUAGUGAGAUACGUAGGUAGUCCUUUUCGGGAUACGACCCUGUCUUUUAAAAAAUUAUUCGUAGAUUUAUUGGGAAAUAUUUUGAAAAUAUGAUUACUUUCAUAAUUAUUUUUCUAAUUCUCAAGUCCAAUUUUUAUAUAUAUCUUAAAUAGCCCUAAAUCUUUAGGGAUCAUGAGGUUAAGUUUUACAAAAUAAAUAAAAAAUAUAUAUAAAUUUUAACAGCCCUGAAUCUUUAAGGAUCAUGAGACUAAGUUUUCAUAAAAUAAAAAAUAUAAAUAAAUUUUAACAGCCCUGAAUCUUUAGGGAUUUUGAGGUUGAGUUUUGUACGAUAUAAUUUUCAAGAACUACGCAUACCUAAUUCUCAUUUUAUUGAGAUACGUAGGCAGUCCUUUAUGGAUUCGGUGAUUUUAAUAAAAAAAUAUAUAUUUGUGUUUCCUUCUAAACAAAUAAAGAAGAGAGUUUUUGAUUUAUAUAUAAAAUAAAUUAAUUUAUUUUCAAAAAUAAAAUGUGUUUUAUAUUAUUAAUGAUUUCAAAAAAUAAAAAUAUUUCUCAUUUCUCUCAUUAAAAGAAAAAUGUGUUUCUUCAUAUUUCCAGCUUUCAGAACUACGUAAAAUCUGAUUCAUGUCCUGGCAUGAUACGUAGGCAAUCCUCCAAAGGGUUCGAUCAUAAUUUUUUGAAAAAUACACCUAAAAAAGUCGGGAUGAAUCACAAAGUCUUCCAUGAUAGGUUGAAAAAUGCAUAUAGAAGCAUGACAUAUAACAUGGCAUUAUAAUGUGUUUAAAUAUAACACUCACCCAUUUGCUACUUGGUCUCAGAAAGAUAAAGUAGUUGGUGGUUGGUUUGUGGUUUAAACUGGCAUCACAUCCGUACAACACUAGAUACAAAGAAAAGAGAAAGAUGACCGGCAGAGAAGGUGUAGGGUCUAAUAGUGAAGAAGAGCAAAAUCAGUUGAUUUCACAGGAAUUAGCAUCAAUGAAAGAAAUUAAGUUAUUGAAACAACAGAUGGCGGAAAUGUACCAAACUUGGCUGAAUGGACAAGCCCCGCUUUCUUUAAUCCCUAGACUUUCGACUACGAAUGAUCCAAAUCCUGUUCAAGCUCAAACUAGCGAUCCAUUAUACCCACCUGGAUUCGACCCAUAUGCUAAUGUGACUGGUGUUGAUGGUACUUCUACCAUGCGCCAACCAAAUCCAUCUGUCUCAAAUAACCCACUUUUCACUUAUGUAGCACCAGCUACUGCGGGUCUUCAAUCGACAGCACAGAAGAAUGUGGGAAAACCAAGUCAUGAUCUGUUGUAUCCUCCUGAAAUGACUUUCAAACCUCAAAAUCCACAUUACCAUGCUCAUCAACACGAUUCUCCUAUCGUGAUUGAGAAAAUUAUUAAGAAUGAGGAACAAGAGGAGAUGGAUAGGAAAGUAAGAUGCUUGGAGCAGAGUAUGAGAAGUAUGCAAGGAUUAGGAGGACCAAAAAGUGUUUCAUAUAAAGAUUUGUGCAUGUUUUUGAAUUUCCAUUUGGCUAUGGGAUUCAAAAUGCCCAAGUUUGACAAAUACGAAGGGUACGAUGAUCCAGUGGCACACUUGAGGCGUUAUUGUAACCAAUUAAGAGGUGUCAGAGGUAAAAAAGAAUUACUCAUAGCUUAUUUCGGUGAGAGUCUUUCGAGUUUAGCCUCAGAGUGGUUUGUGGAUCAAGACAUUGACAAGUGGAGUAGUUGGGAUGACUUGACCAAUAAAUUCGUACAAAAAUUUCAGUACAAUGUCGAGAUGAUUCCUGAUGAGAAAUCCCUGACUAAUAUAAAGAAGAAGAACAAUGAAAAUUUUAGGGAGUAUGCAAUUAGAUGGCGUGAACAAGCGGCUAGGGUAAAACCGCCAAUGAAAGAAAGAAAGAUAGUGGAGGUGUUUAUUCAAGCGCAAAAUGAAACAUAUUAUCAAUAUUUGUUACCUGCAUUAGGCAAGCCAUUUAUUGAGGUCCUCAAAAUGGGAGAGAUGAUAGAGGAUAGAAUUAAGUUCGAUCGCAUUAUGAGUUUUGCAACAUUAAAAGCAACUACUCAAGCAAUUCAAAAAGGUUCAGGAAGUGUUGGAGGGAAGAAGAAUAAGAAAGAUGCAUCUACUAUUGUAGUUGGAUAGCGGGAGCGGUCAAGAAGACCACGUCAUCAUCGGUCUCAAGCUCAAGCCCAAGCUCCACAUAAUCACUUCCAAAGUCCAUUAUACUUCAGUCCCCCACCUUCAUAUCCAAUGUAUAAUGCACAACCACAUGUUCAACCCCCAUCUUACCCACAAUGGCGUACACCAACUCCUCAGAGUCAUCCUCCAAUUCCACAAAUAUACCAAAGCCCUUCUAGGCCCGAUUUUCAAUCCAAACCAAAUAAAAAUGAGGCAGAAAUCGAGAGAUAGUUUCACACCAAUUGGAGAGUCAUAUGCCAGUUUAUUUUAGAGAUUGGUACAGGAGGGCAUGAUUACUCCUCUCCUUGGGCACACUGUUAUCCCCGUUCAAGAAAUUUUGAUCCUAAUGCACGAUGUGCGUAUCAUUCUGAUGUUCAGGGUCAUAGUAUUAAAGAUUAUCGAGAUUUAAAAAGAGAAAUUGAAAAGAUGAUUCAAGAUAGAUCAAUUAUGAUGCAGAACAUUGACAAUGAGGAAAGCUCUAGUCAUGUUGAUAUGAAAAUUGACAGCUAAGAGGUCAAGCUCAGCAAUUGGAAAGUCACUCCUCUCCCUGCUAGGAAGAGGUCUGGUAGUUUGUUUUCUUUUCUUUUUUAUUACCCGAUUAUUUUAGGGUUGUAGUUUAGGACCUAUCUUGUCUGAUUUUCUUAUCAUUUUUGUUCAAACUCUUCUAUCUUUCUGUCAAUAAAAUGCGUGUCCGUUUAAUUUUUUUUUUAUUUCUCAAUAUAUAUCAUCUUUUUUUUUCUUCAAAGAGCUCUUUCUAUGGUGAUUCUGGUAAUAUGAUAAGCAUGUUGAAUUUUAAGCCAGAUCUUAAAACCCAAUCUAUUGCUGAAAUAUUCAAUCAAGAACCUAGAGUUGAAAAAAAAAUAUGUAAGAAAAAUAAGUAAAGUGUUGAGAUGUUUUAGGGACCUAGUUACAUCCUCACUUGAAUGUUUUGGGGCAAUCACUUUGCGAAUAAAGAAUGACUUAAUCUUCAAUGAGAAGGUUCAACUCAAGUAUUUUUGAAUAAAAUCAACCAGAGGAUAUAUAGUUUCUAUUGUCAGAAAAAGCAACAGGAAGUUAGCUUAAAAAAAAAGGAGUCAUCUGUUGUGAGGAAAGUACAAUACAAGUAAACCUUUAUGGUUUACAAAUUUAAAAGAAAUGACGCACGUGCAUGUGCUUAGUCACGAUCAAUAUUGAAAAGAUGCGUAUGAUCUUCAUGUUCCAUUCGUAGAUUACAUGUUAUGUACUUGUAUUUUUAAGGAUUGAUAUGACGAAGGCAUUUCAUUCUACUAUCCAAAUGUUGUGUCAUACUUUGUUAUCCCUUUUGAUCUUUUGUUUUAUUUCUUUUAUAUCCAUCUUUUUGAAUCAAGAGAGAGUUUGAAAAAAAAUUUAAAAAAAAAAGAAAAGUGUCAAGAAAAAAAAUAGAAUCUGAAAAGUGUCAAGAAAAAAUGGAGUCAGGAAAAAUAUUUCUCUAAAAAAAUAGAGCAAAAAGCAAAAGAUUAAAAUGUCUGAACUACGUUUGACCUGAUUCUUGUUAUGACAAGAUACGUAGUCAUCCCUACUCUGGGGUUCGGACCAACUAAAAGAAAAUUCAAAUUACCCAGAAUGAAAUGAAACUGGGGCAAAAUUUAUUUUCUUUAAAAAAAAAAAGUUGAUUCCAAAAGUUGUAUGUUUCACCCAUUAUUAUGUAAAUUUUUUAGCCACGUGCCUCCUUUUUCUUUCUAACCUUUUCCAAAAGCCAAGUUACAACCAAAGAAAGACCUUCAGAUCAAUCUUUGAGAAUGUCAAGGCUAAAUAUGUUAUGGGUGCAUGAUGUUUUAUAUGUUGGGCAUUAUUUUCAAAAAAAAAAUGAAUGAAAAAAUAAAUGAGUAAAAAUGAGAGAGUCUUAUUGGUGAAAACCCUUUUGGGCACCAUAAGACGAUAGUGAGCUAAAAAAGAAAUGAAAAUGAGAUAGGCGCUGACAAAAACCUAUUGAGGUGUCGCUAGUCGAAGGAGGAUUGUCAUCUAGAGGGAGCAUAUUCAAGAUUGAUUCCAUUUCAAACUCAAUAAGUGAAUAAGAGUUGUAAUGAUUAGUGUGGGUAGACCAGGUUGUUUAAUUCAAAAUGCAUGUCAUAAUUGCUAGAAUCGGCUACCACACUCAAAUAAAUUUUCUUCUAGCGUUUUAAAAACAAAAGAUGCCUAUUGUUUUUUCCUUUUCUUUUUAUUUUUCUAUUUUUGAUUUUUUGGUAUCUUUAUCAUCAAAUAAAAUUUUUUGUCAUUUUUCUUGUGUCUCUGAGUCGAGCCCGUGUCAUAACAAGUGAGAAAAGAUUUUAAAACUGGCUACCAGCUUCUUCAAUUACACAAAGCAAGACAAAAAGCCAACACAUGAAAGAGACAUGAUUAUGAGCCGAAAUAAGGCAUGCAGAAAAGUUUUGCCAACAGACGAGUUUGGAACUCAUGAAAAUACCAAUGUUUAAAGGGUUUAUUUGAGAAGCAUGGCAAAGCAAAGAUACUGUGUUCAUUUCAGAGUCACUUCUAAUAAUCUAAGUUUGGGUCAACAAUGCAGCAAGUCGGUGACAGAUGCUAAUGGUUGGAAGCAAGGUUAAAUGUGACGAGAGCAAGAGUGAUUGCCACAGAAGCUAAAGCCACAAACCUCCACCAUGUUUUUGAACUCAUAAGUUUUCUUUGAUGAAACAGGAAACAUGUUACCUUCAAAUUAAGGACAUUAGAGCAUAAAUAUCAAGGGCUGCAAUGCCUCAUUUCCACAGAUACAGGAAGCAAUGUUGUUGCACAGGUUUGAUAAUCAAAUUAUGGUAAAAAUUUAACCCCUAGGAGACUCACUUCCUAAUCUGGAUAAUUCAAGUUUUAUUUGUUAGGUGAUGCACUUCCUAACUUGAACCAUCACUCCUAGAAGACGCGCUUUCUAGUUGAGUCAUUUCAUUCAACCCCUAGGAGACGCAUUUCCUAGUCUAGAUAAUUCAAGUUUCAUUUGUUAGGUGAUGAACUUUCUAACUUGAACCAUCACUCCUAGAAGAUGCACUUUCUAGUUGAGUUAUUUCAUUUAAACCCUGGGAGACGCACUUCCUAGUCUGAAUAAGUCAGUUUUUAUUUGUUAGGUGAAGCACUUCCUAACUAGAACCAUCACUCCUAGAAGAUGCACUUUCUAGUCGAAUCAUUUCAUUUAACCCCUAGGAGACGCACUUCCUAGUCUGAAUAAGUCAGUUUUUAUUUGUUAGGUGAAGCACUUCCUAGCUUGAACAUUCACUCCUAGAAGACGCACUUUCUAGUCGAGUCCUUCAAUUUAACUCUUAGGAGACACACUUCCUAAUUUUGGUCAUCAGUUUUACUUUGACGAGAUGCAUUUCUUUAGCAAGGCUUUGAUUCACACUCUUUCUGUACUUUUCAAAAAUUAUAAUCUGAUGAUGCUCACAAAAUUUCUAGUACAAACUGGGACAAAAAUUUUGUUCGUGUUUAUUGAAUUUUACUUUCUGCUCAGGACCCUCCUGAAGAAUGGAAAUUUAUGUUUUAUGCUCGGGACCCUCCUGAAGAAUGAGACAGGACCCUCCUCAAGAAUGGGAAUUUAGUUUAUGUCCAGGAGCCCACCUGAAGAACAGGGUGAAGAAAAAGAGAAAAUCCAGGAGCCCGCCUGAAGAAUAGGGUGAAGAAAUUGAAAGUCCAGGAGCUCACCUGAAGAACAGGGUGAAGAAACUGUAAGUCCAGGAUCCUACCUGAACAACAGGGUGAAGAAGGAAAGUUCAGGAGCCCGCCUGAAGAACAGGGUGAAGAAAAGAGAAAGUCCAGGAACCCGCCUGAAAAACAGGGUGAAGAAAAAAAAAGUCCAGGAGCCUGCCUGAAGAACAGGGUGAAGAAAAAGAAAGUCCAGGAGCCCGCCUGAAGAACAAGGUAAAGAAAAAGAAAGUCCAGGAGCCUGCCUGAAGAAUUGGGUGAAGACGAAGUAACAAGUCAAGAGUCUGCUCAAAGAAUAGGGUGAAGGAAUAACAAGUCAAGAACCUUCCUGAAGAAUAGGGUGAAGAUUGUCCAGUUCAAGUCAGAGAAAAGUUUGAAGAAUAAAUCAAUUAUUAAGGUCCUCUCAAAUGCCAAAAGCCAACGAGCAGGAACAUUUCGUGUUUUAAGUUCAACUCAGAAUAACGACUAUCUCACCAUUUGAGAAGUCAUGAAGAUUCAAGACAAGACUCCAGAAAAGCAGCAUAGAUAGGAUCUUUCUCUUGUAUCUUCACUUUAUUUUUUGUUAUUCAUUUCAAUGUAAAAGCAGAAAGUCGUGAAUCGAAAACUCGACGGAACCUCACUUGGCUUUUAACUCGAUCUCUAACUCAUUGUCACACCAUUUUAUCCCAUUUGAACUAUAUGUGACCCGAUUCCCUCUAAACUCGGGAUAUGUAGGCGGUCCAAAAUCAGAAUUCGGUCACAUCUUUUAUUUUAUUUUAUUUUAUCAUUACUUUUAGAAUAAUCGGAGAGUCAAAAAUCAUCUCUUUGUCUACUUCUUCAUAUGAAAAUUCUUUGAGAUUUCAAACAAAUAGGGGCAAAAUAUAGACACGUGAUUUUGACC